CUUUAACACUUGGUAUUUUUUUGCAGAUCAAAAGAAGGAGGAGACUAUGCCCUCAGAGGGAGAGAAAUCUCCCGAGGAGCCAGAAAAUAACAACAACAAUAAUAAAAAAGGCAAAACUGGAGGCUCUCAGGAUUCUCAACCUUCACCUCUGGCUUUGCUAGCAGCCACUUGCAGCAAAAUAGGGACACCUGGUGAGAAUCAAGCAACUGGACAGCAGCAGAUUAUUAUAGAUCCAAGCCAAGGUUUGGUGCAGCUUCCAAAUCAACCACAACAGUUAGAAUUAGUAACAACUCAGCUUUCUGGAAACGCUUGGCAGCUUGUAGCUGCUGCUCCUUCUGCUUCAAAAGAAAAUAAUGUUACUCAGCAAGGAUCUUCUGUCACUUCAAGCGCACCAAGUCCUACCAGUAGCAACAAUGGAAAUACGUCUCCUUCAAAAACUAAAUCGGGCAAUUCUUCAACAGCCCCAGGACAAUUUCAAGUUAUUCAGGUGCAGAAUCCAAGUGGUAGCGUCCAGUAUCAAGUGAUCCCACAGAUUCAGACAACAGAAAGUCAACAAGUUCAAGUCAAUCCUGCUAAUGCUACAAAUCUGCAAGACUUACAGGGUCAAAUUCAACUCAUCCCUGCAGGGAAUAAUCAAGCUCUUCUCUCAGCUGCAAAUAGGACAGCUUCAGGGAAUGUUAUUGCUCAAAACCUAGCAAAUCAGACAGUUCCAGUCCAAAUUAGGCCUGGUGUUUCUAUACCACUGCAGCUGCAGACUAUCCCUGGUACUCAGGCACAAGUUGUAACAACCUUGCCUAUAAACAUUGGAGGAGUAACUCUAGCAUUGCCUGUGAUAAACAACGUGGCUGCUGGGGGAAGUUCUGGACAGGUUGGACAGCCGACUGAGAGCGGGGUUUCCAAUGGAAAUCAGUUGGUGUCUACUACACCUGUUACUACUGCCUCUGCUAGUACUAUGCCAGAAUCACCUUCCUCCUCUUCCAUCUCUACAACCACUGCCUCAACAUCUCUGACUAGCAGUGACACUUUAGUAAGCUCUGUAGAAACAGGCCAGUUUUCAAGCACCACAGGCAGCAGUUCUGAACAUACCACUGAAGAACCUCAGACAACUGCUACUGAGUCUGAAGCCCAGAGCUCAAGUCAGCUUCAGCCUAAUGGACUACAGAAUGUGCAGGAUCAGUCAAGUUCACUUCAGCAGGUGCAAAUUGUAGGUCAGCCUAUUCUGCAACAAAUACAGAUCCAACAGCCUCAGCAGCAAAUUAUUCAGGCCAUUUCACCACAGUCAUUUCAGCUCCAGUCAGGGCAAACUAUUCAGACCAUCCAACAGCAGCCUUUGCAAAAUGUUCAGUUGCAAGCAGUGAGUCCUACUCAGGUGCUCAUCAGGGCUCCAACUUUAACACCAUCAGGGCAAAUCAGCUGGCAAACUGUGCAGGUUCAGAAUCUACAAAGCCUUUCAAAUUUGCAAGUUCAAAAUGCUGGGUUACCCCAACAAUUAACCAUUACCCCAGUGUCUUCGAGUGGUGGCACAACUAUUGCCCAAAUUGCCCCAGUGGCUGUUGCUGGUACUCCAAUCACACUGAACGCUGCGCAGCUUGCUUCAGUGCCUAACCUUCAGACAGUAAGUGUUGCCAACUUGAGUGCAGCAGGUGUUCAAGUUCAAGGAGUUCCUGUUACCAUAACAAGUGUUGCAGGUCAGCAUCAAGGACAAGAUGGAGGAGUGAAAGUACAGCAAGCUACAAUAGCACCUGUAACUGUAGCAGUAGGAGGCAUUGCUAAUGCAGCAAUUGGUGCUGUUAGUCCUGAUCAGAUCACACAAGUGCAGUUGCAGCAAGCUCAACAAGCGUCUGACCAGGAAGUGCAACCCGGCAAGAGGUUAAGAAGAGUGGCCUGUUCAUGUCCUAAUUGUAGGGAAGGAGAAGGAAGGGGUAGCAAUGAACCAGGAAAAAAGAAACAACACAUCUGCCAUAUUGAAGGAUGUGGAAAAGUUUAUGGGAAAACCUCUCAUCUCCGGGCACACCUUCGUUGGCAUACUGGAGAAAGACCAUUUGUAUGCAAUUGGAUGUUUUGUGGAAAAAGAUUUACAAGGAGCGAUGAGCUUCAGAGACAUAGAAGAACCCACACAGGUGAAAAGAGAUUUGAGUGUCCAGAGUGUUCUAAAAGGUUUAUGCGAAGUGACCAUCUCUCCAAACACGUCAAAACUCAUCAGAACAAGAAAGGUGGUGGAACAGCUCUUGCUAUUGUUACCUCAGGAGAACUGGACUCUUCAGUUACUGAGGUCCUUGGCUCCCCAAGAAUAGUUGCAGUUGCAGCCAUUUCUCAAGAUUCAAACCCAGCAACGCCUAAUGUUUCUACAAGUAUGGAAGAAUUCUGAAAAGAGCAUUUAUAGAGACACCUAGUGCUGCACUUAAGUUUACAUACCUUUCAAGAUAUGGAAGUGGGCUGGUAAAGUGGAUUACAGAGCAGGAAAAAUCAUGUUUUCAGUCUUGACUUCUGUAAGUAUUCCAAAUUGGAGGGUCAGCAUGAGAAGUGUACACUGGUGCAACAAGACAAAAUUUUCAAAAAUACAAACAGCGCAAAUUGACAUACUGGACAAACAGAUGGGGAAAUAUUACUUCUAUACUGUAACUGUACUUUUUUAGUUAUAUGGUUGUAUAUCAUGUAAUGAUUUUAAAUGAAAUUCCCCCCUCUA